CUGGAGCUGGCGGAGGAGUACAGCGACGACCACAUGGCCCAGGGGUUCGUGCUCACCAUGCCUUUCGUGCUGCCGUGCGUGGACGAGGGUUUCGACUUCGAGCCCAGCCCCGUGCCCUCCAGCUUCCAGAUCGUGGCCGACAGCGCGUUCCCAGAGCUGUCCCAGUCUGCGGAUGACUCCGGCUGGCAGGUGACCGAGGCCCGCGGCGUGCUGAUCGUGAUGAAGGACAGGCUGGAGGACGCGAAGGCCCUGUACGUGGUCCAGGAGGAGGAGGAGGACGAGAGCCUCUUCGAGAGCGCGGACGGCACCAAGUGGCAGGUCGGACGCAAGGUGGCUGCGACCCAACAUGAAGUGCAGGACCCAUAG